AUGGCCUUGAAAGAUCCGGGGGUUGUGUCCGAAGAUGCUUCCGACAGUGCUGGGAUGGAUGACCCCUUGAAGUGCAUCGACGACGACACCUCAACCAGCUUGCUUCUGUCACCAGGGCAGUACAUCAUAGUCAAAGUGCGACCGGGAGUUUUGGUGGGUAGCUUCGGCUUCAAAACACCUGGUGGCCAGGAGACACAUGGAACUGAUCCAGUGGACUUUCAGCUCGAAGGUUCCAUGGAUGGUGCCGACUGGUUCUUGCUGAACGCGAAGGCGGGCUAUGCGACGCCAGAUGAACGCGGCAUCUUGGUCGGACCCUUCAUCGUCUCCAGGAUGUCGGCCAUGGCUUUGCUCGGCAAUCGCACACUUCCGGCAGCAGCAACAGCAGUACCAGCGUCGCCAGCUCCCCCACCUAGCGACUCAAAGCCGUUCGAAGUGCCACAGCAAGCAGAUCAAGCAACAGCUCCAGCUGCAGUGCCGAUCGUAGUGCCGGUGGCAGCAGCUGCCUCUGAGAGCACCACGACAACACUGGAUAUUGUCGAAGCUGCGCCGGAGGAAGCGCAAAGCAAGGUGGCCCAGGCAGUCAUGCAGGCCUCCAAGGCCAAUGGCUUGGACAAUGCUGAUACGGCAGCAACCGCUGCCGCUGUGUCUGCUGCAAGCGAGGCUGCAAAAGCAUCCACUCCCGCAGCACAGGCAGAUUCCCUCAGCAAAGUUGCAGAGGCGGCAGCUUCCAUGGGCCUGAGCGAUGCCCAGGUCGCAAGCAUUUCGUCUGCACUCAGAUCUACCGAUCCGGACCAUUGGGGCCAUAUACUUGACGCCUGGAAAGCAGCUGCUUCGGCAAACGCUGCCUCGAAGCCUACAGCCUCUCCUGAAGCGAAAGUUGCCGCUGUCGUGGCAGCGACGGGAGACGCGGGCUUCACUGUUCAGCAGCAGGCUGUGGCUGCUGCAGAAAGUGCUGUACCUGCAGCGCUGAAAGUGCUUCAGGGCGCAACGACCGCGGCACCUGUGAGCGUUGUUGGGCAGGCUCUGGCAGGUGCUGACAUCCCGCUUGAUCACAAGGCUGCUAUUGUGGAUGCAGCUUCUGCAGAGACUCAGGAGAACCAGAAAGCUGUGGCAGACGUGCUGUCUGCUGCUGGACUGCUGUCCACGACAACGGAGCAGCCGGAAGCUGUCGACCUCGGCGAUCCCAACGUUAGACUCGUCAUGGAUGCAGUGUCUCAAAAGCUUGCGGAUGUGCCCGUGAGCAAAGCACAGAAGGCACGCAUCGUAAACGCGGCUGCGCAAGCUCUGACAAAGGCCAGCACGACACCCUUCGACGGUGUUGGCAUGGUGGUCGAGGCUGCCAAAGAAGCAGGCCUGACCGAUAGCCAGGUGUCGAAGAUUGCUGCGGAGGCACCAGAGCUUUCCGCCGAGCAGCAGGUGUCUGUAGCCACAGCGCUGAGCGCCGCGGGAGAUGGAGUGGAAAAGGUCAUGGAAAAGACCUUGCCCAAGCCGGCCGAGAAGGUCGCAGCGGUUGUCAAGGCCGAAGCUGCAGCUGGAAUGGAUGAUGCAGAGCAAGCAAAUUCAGCCGCAAUCGCAGUCGCAGCAGCGGCUUCGGCAUCCAAGCGAGUGGAAAGUGCAGAAAGUGAAGCUGACAUCUUCAAAGAGAUUGUUGCUGCCGCCGUCAAGGCUCGGCUCGGCCAGGAGCAAAUAGAGUCGAUCUUGUCGGUCGUGGCGCCAAUGCCUGCGGAAGACCAGGUUGCCGUCAAGGAGCAUCUGGAAGCGCUGGAUCCUGUGCCCCUGGAUGCAACAUCCCUGCCGCCGGUGCCCUUGGAGGGUCUGCCAGCAGUCGAGAUCACGCCGUUCCUUCCGCAGAACGAUGUGGGCCGCAUGCCAUCCACCUCCACCGUCCCUGAAGCGACGUCGAGUGGGUCUGGCGAUCAAUUCAUGUUUGGUGUUGUCCCCUCGCUGACGAGCUCCCGUGCAAGCUACAAGGACCAGACCGGUUUGUUGCCGAAGGGAUUCCUGUUCCAGGUGGUGCUAAACAGCCAAGGAAUCCUAGAGUUCUUGCGCGAGAAGACUGGCUGGGAGGGUGAUCCCCACGAGCUGAGCAUUGCCCUGGGCCGGUUUCGAUUUGACUGGCCAGUGACCAGCUGUUCGGAUGAAGAGAGUGGCUUUACAGACUUCCAGUCUCUCACGUUUUACAAUGCGACAUUUGCCAACCCUGGUGAUGAAUGUGGCACACUAGUGGCCACAACUGUGGAUGUUGCUGGGGCAGUUCGGUUUCCCCGUGCAGGUGACACCAACUUGUUCUGGCUUGCUGGGCAGUUCGGAACGAGAUAUCCCCUCCUGGGUGGUGACAAGGUGCUCCUUGCUGUCCUCGACCUCGUGGUUGUAGCCUUUACAGGCGGUGAGAAGGUUGCGUACAGCAUAUGUGGAGAUCCAGCAAAUGCUUUUUACGUGGGCUGCCCCAUACAGAGCAUGCUGAAGAUCAAGUAUCCAGAGAACAACCUCGGGCAGGGCGUUAAGAUCUGUUCAGGCCAGGCGCAUUUUCACGAGCACAAGCUCGAGAAUUGCUUCACAGCUGCUCGGCCAGCGCAGGCUGUGUCAUCGUUUGAUUUGUUGCUGCGGCUUUCAAUCCAACUCGCCUUAGGUUUAACGUCACCUUGCGAAGAUGUGGGUGCCGACAUGGAUUGGCUCCAAUGGCGCUGUGGCCAUGUGUCAAGAAGUAAAAAGGUAUGCCUCAAGCCUCCACUCUUGCAGCGACCGGCACCAGAAAGUCUCGUGAGUCGAUUUGCGCACUUGUGCGGACGACAGCAGCGGGCCCAUUACAAGGCAACUGACCAGCGUCGUUGCCUUGCGGGAGAGACCUGCGUAACCUUGCACGGUGACGUGCCUCCCCCCCCAGCCCAUGCCGACCCUAUUUCAGACAAGAGAGUCUAG